AUGGCGCGACUGUUGAACCGCUGGCACUUGCCUGCACUUGUCAGGCGCCACUAUUCAUCUCGAUUCCAAUCUUUGCGCAUUGAGAAAACCCAGUCGCCCAAACCCCUGCCCGACUCGACCGAGUUACAAUUUGGGCGGUCUUUCACUGGCAAGUAUCCCUCACAGACCCGAAACCACAUCCUCAAACUCGAAUGGACCACAACCCAAGGCUGGAGCGAUGCGCAAAUCACUCCCUACGAUAACCUGCGGCUCGACCCCGCCUCAUGCGUCCUCCAUUACGCAUUCACCUGCUUCGAGGGCAUGAAAGCGUAUAAAGACCCGCAUGGCAACGCGCGGCUAUUCAGGCCUGAGGAGAACCUGGCGCGGCUCAACAGAUCCGCAGCUAGACUCGCUCUUCCGACAUUCGAAGAAUCCGGCGUACUGGAGUUUCUAGCAAAAUAUGUUGAUCUCGAAAAGAGAUUCAUCCCGCACUUACCUGGUCACUCCCUGUACUUGCGCCCGACGUUGCUAGGCACCGAUGCGAGUAUUAGUGUUUCGCGGCCCCGGAGCGCACUGUUGUUUGUUAUUGCCAGUCCAAUGGGCGAUUACUUUGCCAACGGGAUGAAGGCCGUCACGUUGCAGGCGACGCGGUCGCCAGUACGCGCGUGGCCAGGUGGUGUGGGGGAGUUCAAGGUCGGCGGGAACUACGCGCCGAGUAUUGUGCCGCAGGAAGAGGCCGCGGAGGCAGGGAGCCAGCAGAAUCUGUGGCUGUUGGCUGAUCGUGAGAGUGGCGAGGAAUUUGUGACCGAGGCUGGCACUAUGAAUCUUUUUGUAGUCUGGGUGAGUUCUUCCACGGGGAAGAAAGAACUGGUGACGCCGCCACUGGAUGGGACGAUCCUGCCUGGGGUGACUCGAAUGUCAAUCUUGGAGCUCGCGAGGGAGAGGCUUGAAGGGGACAGGUCUGGUAUUGAGGUGGUAGAGAGGAGGAUCACCAUGCGAGAGUUGGCGGCUGCCUCGAAGGAGGGCCGCCUGUUGGAGGUGUUUGGUGCAGGGACGGCGGUGGUGGUGUCGCCGGUGAGGUCGAUUCGUUGGGGAGACCAGUGUAUUUCCUGCGGUCUACGAGAUGGAGAAGAAGCUGGCCCGAUGAGUCUGCAGAUGAAAACGUGGCUUGAGGAGGUGCAGUAUGGCCUGGUUGAGCAUCCUUGGAGGUGA